AUGUCGCGGAAAAAGGCCAGAACCAAAGCCAAGGGCCAUGCAAAAUACACACCUGCACGUCGUGCGCCGGCCACUCGCCACUCAUUCCAGCCAUGGCCACCAGAAGAGGCCCAGGAGGCCAUGGCACCCAACUUAUCGCUCGCUCAAGAGGCCCGCUGGAUGUCCAGCCACCGCACGGCUGCUUACGAAGCCGGCAAGAAACUGCGACACAUGCCCAUACACUUCAUCAGUGCUGGCCGUCUAGAAGGCACAAUCGAGGAGCGUGCGCCCACGGCCCUCGAACUUGCUGAUACCGAAACCGACAACCAGCCCAUUACAGCUUCCUCCUCCUCAUCUGCCCCGCCUGACAACGCCGCCGCCAUGGCCCAUAUGGCAUUGCGCAGUCCCUCGCCCACACCCUCAACUUCAUCCUCUAGUGGAGACGAGGUGGUUUUCCGUGGACGAGGCCAGGAACCGCCUGCGCCAGCCAUCAUUCCCGAGCCAGCUCGGACAGAAGCCAUGCAGGCUGCCGUGAAGUCGCCUAAGAAUACACCCACAUCUGUCGCCCGAGCUGACGACACCCGACCGAGGAUAGCAAACAGCCCGCCCCAGCUCACUGUGGCUUCUACUGUUGCGCACACAACCGUCUCGGUGGAAGGGGAAGACGAGAUUUCCACCGCGACCAGAGUCUGCAUCAAAGCUUCGGCUGAAGAUAGCCCAGAGUCGGCCUCGGAUUCCGACGCUGUUGUGCAAGAACAAUUUGAAAGGCGCCGUGGAGGCAGGCCUGCGUGGGAAGGCACCACGACUGAGUGGCAACAUCGCAGCAAGCCAAACGUUGGAUGGCUGUCCAAUCAAGAUCGCCCCAACAUGGAUGCCUUCCUCCGUGGUAAUGUGAACCCACGAGAUGCCGCCGUGGACGACUAUAUGCAGAAUAUAGAGGAUUUUGGUCUGGCUGCUGAUGCCGCGACAGCAUCUGGCUUCGCUUGUCGCGAGAUGGAUCUUGACGCUGGCAGUCACAAUGACUGGGAGUCAGCCUCGGAUAGUCAAGGCGCAGAGGAGCACGGAAAAGAAGAAGGUAAGACUUACCAUGAACCGCACAAGUCCCAGGAACCCCAGGAACCCCAUGACGGCUGGGACUCCGAUAUGCUUCACGAUCUUUCGCAACUCAGCACAUCAUCAGAUGUUAUGGACACGGUCGCUCGCAUUCUCGCCAAGCGCACACGCAAUAACGGCCCACAAUACCUCUGCGUGUACGAGGGGCAUGUGACAGAUGACGCGCGCUGGCUGCCUUGUACUUUCCUCAAGAAUCCCUCUGAGAAGCUUUUGGUACGCGCGUUUGAAGAAGAUGCAGAGAGGCGUGAACAGCAACAGAGCAGCUCAAGCGAGUUUGCGGACGGGGACGAGGAACAAGGUACCGAUCACGAUGACGAAGAAUUCGACGACGAAACUAUAGCACGAGUUCUACAGAGGCAGGAAGAGCUUGGCCUAGGCUCUGACGAGGUUCUGCUCUAUGCCGGCGAUGAGGUAUUUGACGUGCCGUUCAGUGCCAAACCGAGUCCUUGUGGUCAUACUUCAGGAUCGAAGAGAGCGCGUCAAUCUCGUGGACGUGGCAACCGCGAGACGUCAUUUCCCUCUGCAUCUGCCUUGGCUGACGCACUUGCCAUGGACCCGUACGGAGGCUUUGAUAUCAUGGACACCGAGCGCCCUUCACUGCGACCUAAGAAGAAGGGAAGACGGGGUCAAAUGCCGCCCGAGUUGGAGGAUCCAGAUCUAAACGAACAGCUACAGAGUGCCUGGGAGAAUGAUAGGGCGAAGAAGCGUCUUAAGAAGGCAGAGCGCGAGGAACUUCGACAACAAGGCUUGCUGGGCAGAAAAGGCAAGAGCCCCAACCUCAAGGUCAAGUACCAAGGCGGGGUGACUAUGGAGGAUGUUGUUGAAGAGAUUCGCGAGUUCCUGAUAGGCGACAUGCAAACCCUUUCCUUGCCUCCCAUGGACACUCAUCGGCGCGCGACCGUUCACCACGCAGCCUCCUUCUUCAACUUGACAUCUUGCUCGCGCGGCGAUGGUCAAAAUAGAUUUACUGUCCUAUCGAAAACGCCACGUACACACAGCUAUACUGAUGACGAGUUUGACAUUGCCAUUCGGCACAAGGGCUUCCUCAAGCGUCUACAAGGUCCUUUGUACAGUCAAGGUGGUGUGCGUAAAGGCGGAAGUUUCCGGACAGGUGCACGAAACAAACCCCAGACUGGGUACAAGGACGGCGAGACGGUGGGAGCAGAUGCUCCAGCACUUGGCCCGGAGAACAAAGGUCAUGCUCUACUGAGUAAGAUGGGCUGGUCCACGGGUAUGGGCCUAGGCGCACUCGACAAUAAGGGUAUCCUCCAGCCUAUUCCCCAUACUGUGAAGAUUAACAAAGCGGGUCUACAAUGA